AUGUCUAAAAUCCUGUGCGAUUAUGCAGAUGUGCCUCCCAUCAAUUUCACCAGCAACACCGGGGAACCCCGCUAUGUCCAUGAAUGCCCUUUUGUGACCCUGCAGAGAUUUUUUUUUCUUUUUCUUCGUUUCUCUCUCUCUCUCCCUCUCUCUAACCUGCACUCUUUCUCUCCAUCCAUCCACGAUUCCUCUCCAGUACUGGCCUUCAACGAUCAAGUUCGGCAGAGGCACCUGUAUGUGGAAAAUAAACACAACAGCCUGUUUGUUGAGAUUUUACCCAAUGGCACCGUGUCAGUAACUCAGGGUCAGACACCUUACACAUUGUUAGAGCUAAAAGCUGUUAAACCAGGUUACACAGCGAUUCGGGGUGUGAUGUCAUCACUCUACCUGUGUAUGAAUGGAGCCGGUCACUUAUUCACUCUGAGUGUGUUUCUGGAUGCUGAUUGUUCCUUCAGUGAGAUGUUACAGCCUGAUGGUUACACACACUUCCUGUCUGCUCACCACAGACUUCCUGUGUCCCUCAGUCUGAAAGGAUCUCCUGGGAAACACACACUCACCUUCUCCCAGUUUCUACCGCUUAGAACUCACCUGUCCAUGGAGAUCCAGGGAUAUGAAGAACCAUCCAUUUUUCUGACCACUGCAGAUUUUGAUUCGGACGAUCCGCUGAGACUCACGAACACACAGCAGGACCUGAGAAGUCCCAUGUUCCACAUCAACCAAUGAGAAACCAGAUCAGAUCCUGAAGAGUUUUAAUAGAUUUGCACUAAGAAUUUAGUUUAAUAGUUUAUUUAUUGUUUUUUUUUUUAAUAAUGUGCAAAUUUUAGUUUGUGUGUUUUCUGCAGU